AUGUCUCAUUUCUCUGAUCGUUGUAAAACAGAUCCUGAUGAUGAUAGUGAGAUUAAACGUAAAAGAAGACAGGUUUAAUAAUUCAUCUAAAAUUCAAAAGAGGAAUAAUAAAAGCUUGCUUAACUUUUUAAAAAAGACUUAGAUUUAUAAAGUUAGAAAAUUAAAGAAAGAAUUCAAAAAAGAAAUUUUAAAAAGGCAAUUGCAAAAUCAUCUAGUUGUGGCAUCUAUAUGUCAAAUCCUAUAAGUGCAUCUUUGUCAUUAGCUGACACUGAAGAUUAUUAAGAUUCAUUAUAUGAAGAUGCGUUGUUGGAAUUAGAUAACCAAAGAGAUGAAAAAAUCUAUAGAAUAGUUUAACAUUAUAACAAUUAAAUAAAUAAUCUAAGAAUGCUUGAAUAAACAGAAGAAUGUCUACAACAUAUGUUACUUUUUGAAAAAAAAAAAUGGGAAGAAAUUGAAAAUAUACAAGAAUAAUAUGAAUUUAUAAAGGUUAAUUAAAUUAAACAAUGA